UUCAGUGUUGUGGCUGUCGUGUUGUCAGCGGCUAACAGCGAAUAUCCGAUCAGGAGAAUUCUUCCCACCGGAGAAAUCUACGUUCAUUCCCACCUUUGUUUGUGAGGCUCCAUCAAAAUGGCGGAGAAAUUUGACAACCUGGAGGAGCACCUGGAAAAAUUCAUCGAGAAUAUCCGACAGCUGGGAAUCAUCGUCAGCGACUUCCAGCCCAGCAGCCAGGCAGGACUCAACCAGAAGCUGAACUUCGUGAUCUCCGGGCUCCAGGACAUCGAGAAGUGCCGCCAGCAGCUCCAUGAGAUCAACGUCCCGCUGGAGGUCUUCGAAUACAUCGACCAAGGUCGGAACCCUCAGCUGUACACCAAGGAAUGUCUGGAGAGAGCGUUGGCCCGGAACGAGCAGGUCAAAGGGAAGAUUGACACUAUGACGAAAUUCAAGAGCCUUCUAAUCUCAGAGCUCAGCAAGGUUUUUCCAGAGGAUAUGUCCAAGUAUAAGGCUAUACAUGGAGAGGACGCCCCCUCCUAGUGCCUCCUGCACUGUGACCCCUGACCUUCAACCUGUGACCCUCAAAAUGAAAGCCUGGGGGGUGUUUGACCAAGUGGGAUCCUCUGUGUGUGUGUGCCAGCAGAAUAUGAAAACACCCACUUAUUCUUUUUUAUGAAUGUUGUGACCCUGAAGGAGAAGCUUUUAUUCCCUGACUCAGCCAACCCCUUCUCAUCUUUUUAAUUUAUAUUAAACUUCAUUUAAAGGAAUAGGAACCAAUAGCAAGUAUAUGCGAGAUCUAGAGAGGAGAAACAUUAAAUUUUUUCUGCGCUGAGUUCUGUUGCCGGGAGACAUUUUUUUUUUUUUACGUCUCUGUUGAUGCAUUGACGUUGAGUUUGCAGCAGAAUAUUCUUACAGCUCCCAACUGUACGGACAAAAAUGUUACGAGCUGCAUGGAACCCGUGUGAUUCUGCAUCAACAAGUUGACUCCAUCAGCUGUACAUACAUUGUGUUUAUACUCCUACACUUAAACCUUUUGUAACUUCCUCAUCAUUGUUCAACACACAUUCGUACCACGCACACACUUCAUAGCAUUUUGUAUCAAGCUCAGGUUUCUAAAGGCCAUGAUAACUGAAUGCAAAUGUUAUUUGAUGGUACCUCUGUGCCUGAUCACUUGAGACGGUCAGAAAUGAGUCCACUCUUUAUUUGUGACCUGUUUGUAUUAUACUGUUUGUUAAUAAAUUAUCCUUGUUGGAAUAA